CAGAGCGCGCUGCGCCCGACUGGGUUCACCGGCAGCACACGGAACACCCGGCUCACUCGAGAGCUCGGCGGCGCGGCGGCACUUGCGAGCGAGAUACGGAGUAGUAUCUCACCUGGUGAGGCGGGACCAGUGAGGACGCGCGAACGUCCCAGCCAGUGGUGCCGAAAAGGGAGGUUUUUGGUGAAAAUGGAGUGCUAAAACGUACCGCCAGUGAGGCGGUUUAGUGAUAUCCCAAGAGGAUAGUUUGUUUUUAAGUGCGUAAGCCAGUGAAACGGUGAAAAAGUAAAGCGGAACACAGCCCAUUUUGACUACCAACCUCGUAGCCCGGGAGUCAGCCAAACAGAACGCAGGAUGCAGAUUCUUUUGGUGGCAGUGCUGGCGGUGUUCAGUACCUCCGUUGCUGGAGUCGCCGCACAGUGCGACUGCCGAACGGCUUCCAGCUGCCCUCAGGCCUACUACCUCGGGACCGCCACCGGGUGUUAUCUACAAGGCACGCGCAACGUGGGUGUUUGCUGCCCGGCAAACAGCUCGCCGGCACAGGUCUUCAACAGGGGGACGUUCGGGACAGGGAACAGCCGGUUUAGCCAGAGUCCAGCGGCGAGCUUCACCAGUCCCAGCCGAGCAACAACACAGCACAGCGGCACUACGGCGUUCAGAAACCCCACGCACAGUAGCGGCUUCUCCAGGACAAGUGGAACCGGCGGACAGGGCUUCAGCGGUCAGAGUGGAAGGUUGAGAGUUGGACAGAGCGGUUCCAGCAAUGUUUUGGGAAGGCCGGCACAGAGCAGCAGUUUAGGACAGAGUAGCGGGUUUGGCCAGAGCAGCGGCAGGUUUACGGCUCCCUCCAGUGUCAGCAGCACAGACAGCUCGUACGGAGUGUACCAAACGCCGCCAAGCACUACGUACGGAGCACCCGCUGCCCACGAUGACUGCCGGCCGCUGGUCAUGUGUCCACCAGUGGUAGCCAGUCCGCAGUCGCUGUACUUGAACGGCUGUACGCUGCAGGACGGCUCUCCGGGUAUCAUCUGCUCCUUCUCUGGGCCGCGUCUUGCGUCAGUGGGUGCCGCCAGCCGCUCCUCCACGACCAUGGACGGACUGCGACCGAUGGUGUCGGCGCAGUCGUUCGUCGAGCCAGCUCUCCAGCUGCAGGCGUCGCCGGCAGGCACUGCAGCGCGCGCAGGCGGCCGGCCAGCGGGCGUUCGCGGUCACCACCUCUGCCAGCUUCCAGCUGGUCACCACGGGCCAGACGGCCGCCGCCGACUCGCCCACCGAGCUGUUCAACUUCAACUCGCAGUCGACCAACGAGAUACAGCAGCUGGGUCUGCAGGCGCUCCAGUCCCUGGAAACCUUCACCAACCUGGCCGUGACUGGUGGCGGAGCUGCAGGCGCAUUCGUCGGCUCAACAGUUGGCGAUGGGUUGGACGGCUCCGCUGCUCAAAGCUUCGCACAGGGAAACAAUAUCCCGGAACAGGGUUUUGCGAAUCAGGAAAGCUUCCAGGCCGGGUCGCUCCGUCCCACUGGAGAAGGUUUUCAAACUACCAUGGACCCGACGUGCACCCCUGAUCCGCCCAUCACCUGUUCCAACAGCUUGUACCGCACCGUCACUGGAGAGUGCAACAACCUGUUCAAUCCCAGAUUGGGCAAGGCGCUUACCGGGUUCAAACGCCUCCUUCCGAACACCUUCGACGACGGCAUUUUCGCGAUCCGGACUCGCGCGGUGCGAGGCGGUACCCUUCCCACGGCGCGAUUCAUCAGCGAGCGUGUGCUUGACGUGUUCUCUAACGAGCUGCGCCAGCACACGCUCUCGUUGAUGCAGAUCGGACAGUUCGCAGACCACGACCUCACACACGCGCUCAUCUUCCGUCUACCGAACGGAGCUGGCAUCGAGUGCUGUCAAAACGACGGCGAGACGUACCCGUCGACGCUGCUGCACCCGCAGUGCAUUCCGAUCCCGAUCCCAGCCAACGACCCGUUCUACAGUCGGUACCGACAGCGGUGCAUGAACCUGGUGCGAUCGCUCCCCGCGCCGGCACCCGACUGCGUGGCGAGACCGGCGCGCCCUCUGAAUGAGCUCACAUCGUUCAUCGAUGGAUCAAAUGUGUACGGAAGCUCGGAGGAGGAGACACGCAACCUUCGCGCCUUCCAGCACGGUCUUCUGAGAGAGAGCGCCCACAGACUCCUGCCGCUGGACCAGAGACCUGAUAAGCCGUGUCGACGAAACACGUGCUUCCACGCGGGAGACACGCGAGUCAACGAGCAGAGUCUGCUGGCUGUCACACAUACGGUCUGGAUGCGCGAGCACAACCGGAUAGCGCGAGCACUGCAGGCGCGUCACCCGCGCUGGGGCGAUGAGCGACUCUACCAGGAGGCGCGUCGCGUGCUCGUCGCCGAGUGGCAGCACAUCCUCUACAACGAGUGGCUGCCGGUGCUGAUCGGCUUCAAGUACGCUGACGACCACGGCUUGCUGCCUUUGCAGGCAGGUUAUUCGAACCACUACGAUCAUCGCAUCGACCCGACCAUCUCUAACUCCUUCGCCACUGCCGCGUUCCGAUUCGGCCAUACGAUGGUGCGAGACAUGUACGACAUCCUCGACGCCAACGGCAUCGUCGUCGGCUCGUUCAACCUCUCCAGCACGUUCUUCGAUCCGACGGUCAUUGCACACGGCAUCACUGACCACGCCAGAACCAUGGUCGCCAUGCGAUCGGAGGCCUUCGACACGUUCUUUGCUCGCAGUCUGCACGAGCAGCUCUUCACCACCAACCACCUGUACGGCCUCGACCUGCUGGCGCUCAACAUCCAGCGCGGUCGCGACCACGGAGCGCCCACAUACGCCCAGGUGGCCGAGGCGUGCCGCCUGGUGCCGUCCAUUCGCUUCUGGGGCGACCUGCACGCGCUCAUGGACAGCACCGUCAUCGACCGGCUGCGCUCCGUCUACGACGACCCGUGGGACGUGGACCUCUUCAUCGGCGGCGUCAGCGAGCGACUGGCGCCCGGCGCCCAGGUCGGCCCCACGUUCCAGUGCCUGAUCGGACAGCAGUUCUUCGACCUCCGCUACGGAGAUCGCUUCUUCUACGACAACGGCGCCCAGCCGCACAGCUUCUCACUGCCGCAAUUGAGCCAGAUUCGCCGCGCCAGCUGGGCUCGUAUUAUGUGUGACACACUGGGUCCCGAGUUCCUGAACGACUUCCACCACGUUCAGCCGCUCGCGAUCCUGACGCCGGGCGGGCAGAAUCAGAUUGUCAGUUGCGACUCGUUGGCCAUUCCGCGAGUAGAUCUUGGCGUGUUCUAAUGGAGGCCUGUCGUGACGUGGACAUGGGAGAAUGUGUCGUUUUUCAGAUGUUACACUGCCUGCAUUAAAGUAUGUGCCAAUAACAAAAUAUGUAGGCGUUUAUGUAAUUAGCGGCACUGGUGGCACAGUUGGUUAGGGCGUUGACCCGCGGUGCGGUUGGCUCUGGGUUCGAUUCCCGGCGUCGCCCGCCCCGUGGGCGUCGUCCCCAGCUGUGUCACCAGGAGUGGGGUGGGCUCCCACGUUAGUCGUAGCCUAGGGGGGAGGGGUAUGGAGGAGCAGGAGCUCCUGUAAGUGGGCGCAUCGGCCUGUUGGAAGGAUGACGAAAUAUAUAAAAUAAAUCUGAAUGCUGUGAACGGUAA